CCGGCUGCUGCCCUCUAUUGGUGUCCGCCAGUGCUCUGCUGCACGACGACGCAGCGGGACUCCACAUUUAAAUAAGGGCUGCCCCCCACUGCAUCGCCUCGCACGCCGUCGCCGCCACAGCUGCUGCUGGCAAAGGCUGCCCCCACAACCAAUAUGGCCACCCAGCUCCUACGAGCCCCGGAGAAGGGCACCAAACAACAAUCAUUGGUAGAUGACCAGCAGCUCGAACUACGAACACAGAUGGCGGCGCAUUACCUGCAGACGGACCACGACACGGACGGCGGGCGCCUGAUCCAGGGCCAGGUCGACCACACGCUGCUCGUCGGUCACCGCGUGCGUACUUCCACCGAAGAGCUCGAGAAGCUACGAGCAGAGUUCGGCACGGACCAGCUCCAACUGGAGAAGUGCUUCGUGUGCCAGAGGACCGUGACCCAUGGUGAAUUUGGAGUGGAUCACAUCAUGUUCUACCUUGAAGGGGACGAGGAGCGGGAAACUAGGAAAGUGCGGUCGACGCCUCGCAUCUGGUGCGGUCCGUGUGCCAAGGCUCAUGCGAAGAGAAACAAGAAGCCUUAUCUACGGAGUCGGACGGAGGAAUCAUUGCGGGAGGCCUGGCAGGGGUUUGUUUCGAAAGUACGAGAAGGGCAGGGCCAGGACGUUGACGGUGAGGAAUUAGUGGCAGAACCGGGCAAUGAAAGUACCAAAAAAUUGUGGGCGUGGCUCUCCAAGGUCUUAGUAGCAAAAGAUUUUGUGGAGGUCGCCAAGGCGCGCUUCCGCGUCACUGAGGUGAGGUGUAGUGGUGAUGUCGAUCUAGAAAAUCGCUGCUUCGCCGUCGACAUGACGGUCACCUACGAAUGCAUCACGAAACUCGUCACGGGCGAGGAGGUCCAAUGCGAAGGGAGUUCGGUGGUUGUGGUCGCGUUGAAGGAUGAGGAAGUCUCCACCCAAAUAAAACCGGGCGGGAGUGCCCAAUUGACCGGGUACGACGACCCGUCGCUGGUCGAGCGCGCGACGCAGAAGGUGGAGUUGGCCGCGCGGAUCUGGGCGAAGAAGGCCGUGCCGAAAUUGGUCGUCGGGCGGCUGGGGGACCUGAAGGCGAAGGCGCUGAAGUUGGUGGGGGCGAAGUAAUGUUUUAGAGG